GCCAUGGGAUCAGGUGCUGGAUGGUCGUAAAAGCAGUUAAGUAGGUAUCACAAGUCCUGUGUCACCCAUCUUGUAAAGACCCUGCCCAGAAGGCAAUGGCAAAGCACUUCUGUAGAAAACUUUUUCAAGAGCAAUGAUGAUCAUGGAAAGAAUGAGCAACCAAGUCAUACCACACAGCACAAAACAAAUGAACGUUUGUGUGAAGUACCUCAAGAUAGUGGAACUUAGGAGACGACGACGCCUAACGGUGACUCCUUUGUUUGCACUUCGGAAACAGCUCUUGUUCUAUUUUUCAUAUCUCUAUUUUUCCCUUUCAAGGUUCUUUUGAAGACCCUGACCUGGAGUUACACACUGACUCCGGUUCUUUGCGGGCAGGGGACCCGCUCUCCGGGGUCUUACGACUGGCAGCUAUUCAAUAUACCAUGGACAUGGCCUAGAAUACCAGCACACCUCCGGAGUUCUGGGAUUUCAUGGCACUGAAUGUGGGCGGACUUCAGGUCAGUGCCUCCACAGGAAAUCAGUGUGUCGUGGGAGACAGAAGAUCGAAAGCAACAAGUUGGCUGCUGGCUGUGUGCCCAUAGACCCGAGUUCUUUUUAGGCACAGAGCUCGGAAAAGGCGAUGUAACAGACCUUUAACGUCAUAAGUCAAAGUGAAUACUGACAAUGCUUCAAUCAAGAAUUAUUCAUUACCAAGGAUUGUAAAGAUUUCAACUUUCUGAAACUGUCAAUCAUGAGAGUUCAAUCAAUACUGAGGUCAAGGACUGCCUCAGAAAUCCUGAUCAUCCAGACUGCCAGCAGUCUUCAACAAACACACCAAUGGACCAAACAGAGCUCCAAAAGGGAAACAACUUGCACAAUUUAAUUCGAUCAAGGUCCCGUCGCUGUCCCUACAACAGGCAAAGCCAUGGGAUGUACCAAGGAUCUUCUAAUGGCAAAGGCACAUCAAUGCGUUACAGUUAUACACCACUGUCCAGUGGUUGGGAAUGGCUAUUUGGCAAAGUGUUUGAUGAUUAUGACAAUGGAUUAGGGUCAAAAGGCAAUGGGCUUGGCCAGAAUGGAAAUGGUCAAGGCUCAAAUGGACAAAAUGGGAAUGGUCAAGGGUUAAACACAAAUGGGAAUGGACAAGGUGGAAAUGGUCAAGGGUCAAAUAGCAAUAUGAAUGGACAAGGUGAAAAUGGUCAAGGGUUAAGUGCCAAUGGGAAUGGACAAAGUGGAAAUAGUCAAGGGUUAAAUAGCAACGGGAAUGGGCAAGGUGGAAAUGGCCAAGGGUUAAAUAGCAAUGGGAAUGGGCAAGGUGGAAAUGGUCAAGGGUUAAGUGCCAAUGGGAAUGGACAAAGUGGAAAUAGUCAAGGGUUAAAUAGCAACGGGAAUGGGCAAGGUGGAAAUGGUCAAGGGUUAAAUGCCAAUGGGAAUGGACAAGGUGGAAAUGCUAAUGGUUAUGAUGAAGAUGAAGAUGAAAGUGAUGAGGAAAGUGAGGAAAAUGAUGAGGAGGAUGAGAAUGUUCAAAAUGGAAAUGGCCAAGGAUCAAACAGUAUUGCAACUAGCCAAGGGGGUAAUGGUCAAGGAUCAAACAGUAUUGCAAAUGGCCAAGGGGGUAAUGGGCAAGGAUCAAUCAAAAAUGCAAAUGACCAAGAAAGUAAUAGUCAAGGGGGUAAUGCUCAAGGGGCUAGUGGGCAAGGGUCAAACAACAAUGGAUUUAAUCAAUAUGGAAAUGGUCAAGGAUCAAAUUUCAAUGGAUAUGGUCAAGGGUCAAAUGGAAAUGGAUAUGGCCAAGGUGGGAAUGGUCAAGGGUCAGACUUCAAUGGAUAUGUACAAGGGGGAUAUGGUAAAGGAUCAAGUGGCAAUGGAUAUGGCCAAGGGGAGUACAGUCAAGGGUUAAAUGGCAAUGGAUAUGGCCAAGGGGGGUACAGUCAAGGGUUAAAUGGCAAUGGAUAUGGCCAGGGAGGGAAUGGUCAAGGGUCAGACUACAAUGGAUAUAUCCAAGAGGGAUAUGGUAAAGGGUCAAAUGGUAAUGGAUACGGCCAGGGAGGAUAUGGUCAAUGGCAUAACAAUAAUGGAUAUGACCAAGAAGGUUAUGCUCAAGGUUCAAAUGGUAAUGGAUAUGACCUAGGGGGAUAUGGUCAAGGGUCAAAUGGUAUUGGACUUGGCCAAGGGGGAAAUGGUCAAGGGUCAAAUAGUAAUGGAUAUGGACAAGGGUUAAAUGGGAAUGGGUAUUAUCAAGGAGGGAAAGGUCAGGGGUCAAAUGGUAAUGGGUAUGGCCAAGAUGGAUAUAUGCAAGGGUUAAAUGGCAAAGAGGAUAACCAAGCAGGAUAUGGUCAAGGGUCUAACUUCAAUGGGUAUGGCCAAGGGGGGUAUGGUCAAGAGUCAGAUUUCAAUGGGUAUGACCAGUUUGGGAAUGUUCAAGGAUCACACUCCAAUGGGUAUGGCCAAAGUGGUAAUGGUCAAGGAUCAAAUUCCAAUGGAUAUAAUCAAGGUGGGAAUAGCCUUGGAAUGAAUAAUAAUAUGAUUAAUGCACGUGGUAAUGCACAAGAAGGGAGCCCCAAUCCUGCUAUAGAGUUACUGAAAAGGCAUUAUAGGAAAAGGGAUACAUCUUCUGAUGCAGCAUAUAUUUCAGCCAUUAAAAAGAUAUACUCUCAGAGACUACAUCCAGUUUUCAGGUACAGCCUUAUACGCCGAAGAACUAAAAAACCAUAAAAUAAUCCUACCUUCCUUUUGACCAUCUCCCUAUAGAUAGGCAUCUGGGGCUUGCCUGUUACAGAUUUGUACAUUUUAUGUUAUUAUCUUCAUGUGAUUAAAUAGGAAAGUGACAACCCUGGAUGACUUAAGAGAAUAAAAGGUUUUGAUGUGUCAAAAUGUUGUCUGCACUUCAGAUGAAAGCAAAAUUCUGCUUCUGUAAUCCUGCAAAAUGCAAUUUUGCUUGCAAAUUCCCUCAAGUUACAGGGAUCUCCUCUGGUAUUUCAGCUGGCAUAAAUAGAAAAGCUCUUCUUAUUCAAGGCACUGGUAUCAUUAGCCACAACUUCUAAAGAUACCUUGCCUUCAACACUCACCAGGCACCGCCUGCAGAAUGCACGAGUUCAUUCCCUGAAAUAAGCUCCCCCAGCAAAGUCAUCACAUUCUGAUCACAAGGUCCUGUACAGUGCACUGACUUCUGAACAUAAAUAGAAAACACCACCCAUAAAAUUCUUCUCAGAACCAGUUCAACCUAAAUGCCUCCAAUGCUCACACUCAAUUGUGUAUUGCUGUUAAAAGUUUAAAUUAUUAUAAUAUGUAAAAACAUUAAUAUAGAAAGCAAACAAGAAAACAAGAUCUUUAAAUGUAUUUAAUAAUAUCUUAAAAUGUACCUUUUCCCCCAAAUCCUUCCCUCUCCAUUCUAAGUUUAUCUGGGAGUUCCCCAGUACAGUUGCUGGGAAACCCUGCGUUCAGUCUCCCGUGUGGGAUCACACUUGCCCCGACAACUGAGGCCAGCUAGCUGUGUACAAGAUUGGGAAUCCCAAACAACUCUGCAGUUACAAAGGGAGUUGGCAGUUAGCAGUUCCGUGUGGGGCUACUUAAGUUUGAGGGCAAGAUUCAGGCCAGAUGUCAUCCUAUUACUCUUUCAUUUACCAGAAACAAGUGUGCAGCCUACCUAGACUUGACUCAGCAACACUGAUCAUUUUUGCAGAAUUCACCUGAAGUAGCGCUCAGUUAGAUCUCAAUCUCAAGCGGGUGGAAGUCACACUGUUAACAGUGGCCAUUUCUUGAAUUAUGCUAAACUGGUUAGUUCUUCCUGCAACAAUUUGUCAUGCAUGCUCCAGGCGCAGGACACGGCCACUUUAGUUAUCUGGGACAGGGGCUUGGGCAUAUUAGCAAGUUUCCUAAACUCAUACUGGCAGCACCAAGCCUAAAGACUGACAUCAAGCCAAUUACAUUCUUCAGCUUGUAGGUGGUCCUUAGUAUGAUGUGAUACACCUUGCAAGAACCAACUUCUGCGUCAACAUGUUAUCUCAAUGUUAAGGACAAUGGACAGGUCAGAUUGUUUUUCUGCAAUACUUCUUCAAUGUAAAAUAGAUUACAUGUAUAUAUUUUAAGGUGGUUACAGAUUAAAAUAGAUGGCUCAAAUAUGACCAGUGGUGGCCAUGAGGAGAUCCCACUCAUUUGUAAUAUUUUAUUUUGUUUCCUUUUCAUAUCAUAAAUAUUGAUUUCCAUAUUUAGAAGUUUCAACUAUAAUCUAGAAUGUACUGCCCAAGAGGUCAGCGUUAACAAAUUCCAACAAUAGUUUCCAAAAGGUACUUGGAUAAAUCUUUAAAUGGAAAAUAAUUUGUUGGGCUGAAGAACAAAGAGCAAGGGGCUCUGACAAACUGGAGAUCUCAUUCAAAGAAUAAGAUGACACAUGUGUGCUGCCUUUUAUAUUAUCCGUUGUAUGCUGGAAUCCGCAGUGUGGCUGAGUAGUCGGGCUGGAUCCAAGGUGCUCAGGUUGGUUGCCUGACCAGUUCUGUUUGUGAGGCUAUUGCACCAUGUGAUCACCUGCUCACUCUGUUCUUCAUCUACAAUGUCAUUUCAUGAGUAGAAGGUGUUUGUUGAUUCCUUCCGAUUGUUCCCAGUUACCUUUGUG